CACACACACCCCCGUCGCUGUGUGAUAAAUCACUCUGCCGUUCCCCGCUGCCGCUGCUCCGAAGGUGGUGCUGAAACCAUAUAGAUCUCGCUCUGUUACCUCUACCACCGCCGACAUUUGCAGCCAUUUUACACAAGCCGAACGGAAUCAUGUCGUGAGGCAUCACAUCACCUGGGACGACCGGACCCAGCUACGUUUGGACCGCGACAAGUCGACAAGAUGGUGAAGCGGAAAAGCCUGGAUGAGACCGACACGGAGUGCGGCAAGGGUAUACCGUUCCCGAUCCAGACCUUCUUAUGGAGGCAGACCAGCGCGUUUCUGAGGCCGAAGUUGGGGAAACAAUACGAGGCAUCUUGUGUGUCCUUUGAGCGGGUGCUGGUGGAGAACAAGCUCCACGGGCUCUCCCCGGUGCUGUCCGAGGCCAUCCAGAGCAUCUCUCGCUGGGAGCUGGUCCAGGCCGCCCUGCCCCACGUGCUCCACUGCACCGCCAUCCUGCUCUCUAACAGGAACAAGCUGGGUCACCAGGACAAGCUGGGCGUGGCGGAGACCAAGCUGCUCCAUACCCUCCACUGGAUGCUACUGGAGGCGGCCCAGGAGUGCAACCAGGAGCCCAGCCUGGGCCACGGAUGGUCGGGGGGCAGCAGCAGCUCAGCCUUCCUCCAGCCAAUGGGGAUUGGGAACCAGGGUUCCCCGCCAGCCAGAGGUGGCCAAGGUGGCCCAGGAUCAGGCACCGGUUCUGGGUCAGGAGCGCCACGCUGCAGCGGGUCCCUGGAGGAGGAUGAGCACGCCCGCACCAAGCUCUUCCACAAGAGCAUGGCCACCGUGGAGCUGUUUGUCUUCCUCUUUGCUCCCCUCAUUCACCGCAUCAAGGAGUCUGAUCUGACUUUCCGAUUGGUCAGUGGUCUCAUCAUAUGGCAGCCAAUGUGGGAGCACCGGCAACCUGACGUCCCCGCCUUCUCUGCCCUCAUCAAGCCUGUGAGGAACAUUGUGACAGCCAAGAGGAACUCCCCGGUGAACAACCAGUGUAGCCCCUGUGGGUCCAGAAACCAAGGCCCCAUGGGUUUCCAGGUGGUCUGUGAAACGGCCCAAUCAGAUUCAUCCUCCCCCGGGGCUGGAGAGCAGAGCUGUCGCCGCGGCAACUCAGUGGAGAGAGGUGGGCCGUCAACGCGACAGGCUCCACUCGACAAAGGGAUCGCCAAGAAGAAGUAAGCCGUUAUGAACUGUGCAGUUGAUACAAAACACAUACACAUGACAUAUGAUACAUGGAAAAUGUGAACAGUAAGGAAACAUUAAAGGGAUUGGUACAGAUACAGUGGCAAGAAAAAGUAUGUGAACCCUUUGGAAUUACCUGGACUUCUACAUAAAUGGGUCAUAAAAUUUGAUCUGAUCUUCAUCUAAGUCAACAAUAGACAAACACAGUCUGCUUAAACUAAUAACACACAAACAAUUAUACGUUUUCAUGUCUUUAUUGAACACACCGUGUAAACAUUCACAGUGCAGGGUGGGAAAAGUAUGUGAACCCUUGGAUUUAAUAACUGGUUGACCCUCCUUUGGCAGGAUUAACCUCAACCAAACAUGUUCUGUAGUUGCAGAUCAGACCUGCAUAACAGUCAGGAGGAAGUUUGGUCCAUUCCUCUUUACAAAACUGUUUCAGUUCAGCAAUAUUGUUGGGAUGUCUGGUGUGAAGCGCUCUCUUGAGGUCAUGCCACAGCAUCUCAAUCGGGUUGAGGUCAGGACUCUGACUGGGCCAUUCCAGAAGGCUUAUUUUCUUCUGUUGAAGCCAUUCUGUUGUUUAUUUACUUCUGUGUUUGGGUCGUUGUCCUGUUGCAUCACCCAACUUCUGUUGAGCUUCAAUUGGCGGACAGACAGCCUUACAUUAUCCUGAAAAAUGUCUUGAUAAACUUGGGAAUUAAUUUGUCCAUCGAUGAUAGCAAGCUGUCCAGGCCCUGAGGCAGCAAAGCAGGCCCAGACCACGAUGCUCCCUCCACCAUACUUUACAGUUGGGAUGAGGUUUUGAUGUUGCUGUGCUUUGCCUUUUUUUCUCCACACAUAGUGUUGUGUGUUCCUUCCAAACAACUCAACUGUAGUUUCAUCUGUCCACAGAAUAUUUUGCCAGUAGCGCUGUGGAACAUCCAGGUGCUAUUUUGUGAACUUCAGACGUGCAGCAAUGGUUUUUUUGGACAGCAGUGGCUUCUUCCGUCCGUCCAUGAACAUCAUUCUUGUUUAGUGUUUUAAGUAUUGUAGACUCGUCAACAGAGAUGUUAGCAUGUUACAGAGAUUUUUUUGUCUUUAGCUGACACUCUAGGAUUCUUCUUAACCUCAUUGAGCAUUCUGCGCUGUACUCUUGCAGUCAUCUUCGCAGGACGGCCACUCCUAGGUAGAGUAGCAACAGUGCUGAACUUUCUCCAUUUAUAGACACUCUGUCUUACCGUGGACUGAUGAACAUCAAGGCUUUAGAGAUACUUUUGUAACCCUUUCCAGCUUUAUGUGUAAUCGAUGUGAUAUGGCUAGCUAGUUAGCAGUGGUGUGCGCUAAUAGCGUUUCAAUCGGGUUUUGUCACUCGCUCUGAGACCUGAAGUAGUUGUUCCCCUUGCUCUGUAAGGGCCGUGUCUUUUGUGGCGCGAUGGGUAACGAUGCUUCGUGGCUGUCAGUUGUGUAUGUGUGCAGAGGGUCCCUGGUUCGAGCCCGGGUUGGGGUGAGGGGACGGACGAAAGUUAUACUGUUACAUAUGCAGGUCAACAAUUGUAACGGCUGGUGCUCUCCUCAUCCUCAGAUGAGGUGAGGAGAGAAGGAUCUUCAGACCAAAACGCAGCUUCAGGGAAAUAAGCCAUCUUUAUUAUAAAUACGACGAUGGCACGAAACAAAACAAAACACUUUCAAAACUACAAAACAAGAAAACGACGUAGACGAAACCUGAACAUAAACUUACAUAACUAAACAUAAACUCACGUACAGGAAACAGACGACAUCGAAACGAAACGAAACAAACAAACGCUACAGUCCAGUGUGGUACGAACAUACAUACAGACACAGGAGACAAUCACCCACAAACGAACACUGUGACAACGCCUACCUAAAUAUGACUCUUAAUUAGAGGAACGCCAAACACCUGCCUCUAAUUAAGAGCCAUACCAGGUAACCCAAAACCAACACAGAAACAGAAAACAUAGAAUGCCCACCCAACCUCACGUCCUGACCAACUAACACACAAAACAACUAACAUAAAUAGGUCAGGAACGUGACAGUACCCCCCCCCACAAGGUGCGAACUCCGGACGCACCAGCACAAGGACUAGGGGAGGGUCUGGGUGGGCAUCUAACCACGGUGGUGGCUCAGGCUCCGGGCGCGGUUCCCACCCCACCAUAAUCCAUCCUAGCUUCCUCCCUCCAAGAAUGUCCACCCUCUUUUUUCCCCCACAAAAUCCACUCAAUAAUAUACCCAAUAAGGACAACACCGGGACAGAAAGAUAAAUCAAGACAGAGGGAUAGAUAAGAAUAUAGAGGUAGAUA